AUGAGAAAGAAAAAAAGGAGCACCGAGGGGAAGGUGUGGAUGGAUGCAUUAAACGAUUUGGAGGAGGUGCAUCAAAACGCGUACAGCCUAACGAAGGACAAACUUCACGAAAGAUGUCGACCCGAACCAGAAAUCAUUGAACACAUAUUAGAAGAAUUAGAAAGUAAAAUUAGGUUCUAUUUUAAGCUGUACAAAAUAGAGAAAGAAAAAAGAACCAAUUGUGAAAAGAAAAAUUAUUAUUUGCAGGAGCAACUGAACCAGACAUACACGACGCUGGACAAAAAUAAACUCUACACGGAUAAGUUAGAAAGUAAAUUACAAAACAUUAAGGAGAACCAGAGUUCCUUGAUAGACACAGUUAGACGUAUUGAUCUUUUAUACAUACAGCUAGACACCCUGGUACAGUCGUUCUCUGGUGUUUGCACACAAGUAGCAGCAGAGGCCAAUGCCUACGGGGUCAAUACAAACGGAAAGAGAAAUACCAUCAAGACUUUACUAGAUUAUAUUUACCCAUGCAGAACUCUUGACCCCCGUAUUAAUUCACUUUAUGGAGUGUUAUAUUAUGGAUCCAUUGGGUUAUUGAAAGAUGGGAAAUUUCUCAGUCCUCCCAUUCCUCCUAUCCCUCCAGUGGUUCCGUCUGAAGCGGAUGGUUGGCUACCCCCCUCGAGGUAUGCUCCUCACAAUGAUGUUGUCCCGAUAGAAUCUCACCAAAGGAGCAGUAACUCCGGUGCUCCUUCCAGGGGGGGGAGCAUCAAUGACUCGGUGAGGCGAAGUGGAAGCGCCUUCAACAGGGAGAACACAAAGGAGAACUAUGCAGAUGACGCUUUCUUCUCCAGGUAUAUCGAGGAAGAAGAGAACAAACAGAUACGAAACGAGUAUGAUGUGAAUAAGCCAAGUUAUAGCCAAAUUAUUCCUCAGGACUUACAGGGGUUCUGUAUCAAAAUUGGUUUUCUAGAAAUUAGCUACAAGAAGGAAAACGCAAGAAUUAUCUGCGUCGUUCGAUACGACAGUGAGACAACUACCUCUGCAAUUCAAAACACGAAGAGAGUAACCAAGCCCAGGGAUAUUACUGGACGUGGGAAUGGAGGCAAAUGUAUUUUUGACAUUGAUUAUACGAUAAAUUUAACUUCUGUUCCAGAAAAAAACGCAGGGCACAUCCCCAGUUUUAUGAUAGAUAUACACGAUGUCAAUGGAAAAGCACUUAUUGGUACAUCUAGGUGUUCUUUCAUUAGUGAAAAAACGCUGAUAAGAGACGCAUCGUGGGAUAUUUACUCAAGGGUUGCAAAUUCCAAGCCAGAGAUAAUAGGAAAAGUGCAUGUGUCUGUUUUUCCUUCUCCGCAAAAUUCUCUCCUUCCUUCUGAAAUGUUUAGGAAGGCCAGACAGCAGUCCAUGUUGAAUGCAUCGUACGGAGAGACCAACCCAAGCGGCGUGGACUCUGGGGAUGAUCGGAAGAUGGAAAGCAGCGCCAAAGUGACAUUUCAGAAGAGCGCCCUCCUGAGCAAGGUUAUCGAGGAAAGGGAUCAACCAUCGCAGACACAUGGUCCGUCGCAUGGACAGUCGCAUGGGCAAUCGCAUGGGCAAUCGCAUGGGCAAUCGCAUGGACAGUCAGAUAAGAAGCCUCAUGCGAAACCAUUGUCCGCUAAGAACACGGGAAAGGGGACGAACCUCUUUCAGAGGGGAACGAAGGUUACAUUCAAGCCUUACACCCCGAAGAAUGGAGACUCGGCCACUCCGAAGGAAGCGAACAAGCCUAGCUCCCAUGCGAAGGGGAGCGCCCUCCAGAAGGAAGACUCCAAAAGGAUCAGUCUCAAUGGAAAAAAUGGAGACAGUAGCAACAAGAGUGUCACCUCGGUUGGCAGUCAGAGUAAUCAGGAUGGAGAGAAAACCGGCACCAUUUCCUUAGUGCAGAGUCGAAUAAAAAAUCUAGCGAAAAGGUUCGAGUCCAAGAAUGGAACAUUCGGGCGGAAUGGGGAGGAUGGAAGCAGUGGUUCCACCACCCCGGUUGAGGGUAGUGUUACCAAAGUGAAAGAUCCUUUGAAGAAAGGUCUACCUCUCUCGAGCACUAAGGGAUUUAGUGUACCCGAGGCGAAAAUAGGGGGGCCACAGGCAGAGCAGAAGGCCACAGAGACGGUAGGUCAAGGGGUUUCCAAAACUGCAGGACAAAAAGACACCUUAAAGAAGGAUCCAGUCGGGUUGAAGAACAGUUCUCCAGUGGUGAAGGACGGGGUGAUGAAGAUUAAGUUGCCUUUGCCGAGGAAGAACGACUUGUCGAAGAAAGCGGCCCCGGUGGACGGAGUAAAAAAUGCCCCGGUAGAUGAAGCAAAAGGUGCCCCGGUAGAUGAAGCAAAAGGUGCCCCGGUAGACGGAGUAAAAAGUGCCCCGGUAGACGGAGUAAAAAGUGCCCCGGUAGACGGAGUAAAAAGUGCCCCGGUAGACGGAGUAAAAAGUGCCCCGGUAGACGGAGUAAAAAGUGCCCCGGUAGACGGAGUAAAAAGUGCCCCGGUAGAUGGAGUAAAAAGUGCCCCGGUAGAUGGAGUAAAAAGUGCCCCGGUAGACGGAGUAAAAAGUGCCCCGGUAGACGGAGUAAAAAGUGCCCCGGUAGAUGGAGUAAAAAGUGCCCCCGUGGAAGAAGCAAAGAGCGAUGUGAAGGACAGCAACAUAACCACUAAGACGAUAAAACCAUUUCUGAAAAUAAAAGUAGAACCCAAAAAAGAAAACCUGAACAAACUGGUUAAAAAAUUGCCUCCGAAGAUACUCCCCGCAUCUAAAGAGCCAGAAGAGAAAGGUUCUGAUGGUGCAAAGGACCCCCCCAGUGAGAAGCUUCCGCCGACAAACCCUCCAACUGCUAAGACGGAUGUCACCCCAACCAAAGAAGAAUCCGGACUGCCAAAAAUGGAAAAACGUCUGGAGAAAAAAAUAUCAAUUAAGAAUAAAAUGCUUUCGCUUUUGAAGAUGAAGACAGGGGGUGGGCCCUCAGCAAUUUUGAAGAAGCCGCUUCCCAAAGUGCUUCCAAAACUGGCGUCCGGAUCUCCCGCCGAGGUGGAAUCAAAGCCUAGCACAGAUGAACCCGACAUGAAGAACCUGCUCGAGAAGGCAAAGAAAAACGCCAUCUUCAUUGACAAGAAUAAAGUGAACAUGAAAAUAAACAAGAAGGUAGAACUUAAAAGGGAAAUAAAAAAGUUCGUGCCGAAAGUUAAGAAUGUGGAAUGA